AUGAUGAACGUCUCCUUCUCUACCGGCCGCGCCGCGCUGCGCCUCAGCCGCUCGUCCUUCCGCCACCUGUGCGCAUCCAGAGUGGCCGGCUUUGCCUACCACUCCUAUCCGCUGCCGUCCAAAAUCCCCGAGCCUCCCACAAGCGACAACCUCGCCAAGUCAUCCCUUGCCCAGCCAGAGGCCCUUCCUCGAGUCCACGAGACACGGCCGCCGCCUCAACACGAUGCCGUACCCAAGCCGAUGGCCCCACCGCAGGUUGAGGCUCAGUCGCCUUCUCCAACGACCUCCUCGGCUCCUCCAUCUCCCAAAACUGCCGAGACCGAUGCGCAAAAGACGCAGCCUGCCCCUGCAGCCCGACCUCGUUCCAAGCUUCGCGCGCGCAAGGCGGCAAUGAAGCUCACACCCGCUGCCGUGGAGCAGCUGCGCGCACUGCUCAACCAGCCCGACCCGAAGCUCAUCAAGGUCGGUGUACGGAACCGAGGCUGCAGUGGGCUGGCCUACCAGCUGGAAUACGUCGACAAACCGGGCGCUUUCGAUGAACUGGUGGAGCAAGACGGCGUCAAGGUUUUGAUUGACAGCAAGGCGCUCUUCAGCAUCAUCGGCAGCGAAAUGGACUGGGCGGAAGAUAAACUGAGUCAGAAGUUUGUGUUCAAGAACCCCAACAUCAAGGAGCAAUGCGGCUGCGGAGAGUCAUUUAUGGUCUAA